ACCUGAUUAUGAACCAGCUCUUGGUGGAUACGAAGUUACUGUUAACCGAGAACGUUUACAUUUCACAAUAUAUGACCUACUUCCAACAAUUGGUGGUUUCAUAGGAAUGCUUUUCUUAAUAUAUAGACUUUUAUGGGGUGACAAUCGGUUAAACCCGUUCGGAAUAUUUCAAAAACAUAUAUUUCGUUCGAUUCCAGCCAUUUCUUUUAGCCAUUUUGGUAACGGGUAUGGCCUAUACAAUAAUGCUAUCGUUUUAGAUCGUAUUGAAAAACCGCAAUCGGCUGCUAUAAAAACAAGAUUGAGGCAAAU